GGGUAAGGCUAUUCAAAGUUUACAGUUUAAUUAAAUCGAUUUAUUAUGAAGGUAGCGCCCUAGUUUGAGUAUUCUGUUCUGAAAUGGCAUAGUUAAUAAAAGAUAACCAAUAAAAUGAAAUUUUAGACCAGAAUUUGGAUUUUUUAUUAAAAGGGGUCUUGAAAUGUUUUUCGGCGUUUGAUGCGACAACAACAAGUUUAAAUGGCAACCAAACAGCGUAUUCCAAUUUCUCGCUCCAAAAUUCCGGGGUUCCAGUCUGCCUCUAGACUACCUCGUACCAAAUUCUCUCCUCGCUCGUCACAAGAAGGAAGCCCAAACGAGCCACACGGAGGUGCUAUACGUACGAAAUACAACACUUUUCCAAAAACAAACAACACCCAUUGUGGGGUGCCAGACAAUAUCGCGUUUUCUGCGAAAAAUUUCGACAAAAACGGAAAUAAAGAUUUCGACAAAAAAAUCUCCGGCAACACUGUGAGUGCAAUUCUCGGAUCCCCCGGCGAUUCUUCUGUUGAUUUUGAAGAUAACUGUGAAGUAGUAUCACUGUGUUCUGCUGAGCCAUCACCUGUUAAACAAGACCCUUCCAGCCAUUCCGAAAGAGAAGAAAUAAUCAACGGGCAUCACUCUGACUUCUGUUUUGACCGAGAAAUUGAAAACUCCGUUCAGUUUGAAAACCUUGCGCCCGAUCUAAUCGCGUUUAAGCGUUUCCAAGAAAUAAGUCGCUCUUCUAGCCCAGUAACCUCUAUUGUGUCCAGUGAGGGCGAAAGCACAGCACGUGCUCGAUUACCUCUUCCAUCAGCUGCUGCAAAAAGCCGGCCAAAUACAGCUAGAAAACCGCAGUCGCGGCUCGCAACUCGAACUAAAAGUAAUUCGCCAAAAUUCGGAAAAAAUAAUUCCCCGAAAUUUGGUUCGAAAAAUUCGGAGAAAAAAAACGAAAAAAGGGAUAAAAGAAUUGCUCUCCCAACAAAAGCCACAGCAAUUUCACCUUCAAACGCUAUGGAUUACGUCCGGCAAUUAACUGGAAACCGUACAACGACUUUAGAAGUCCAACUAGGGCGUAGGAGGGGCAAUAACCCGGCAGAUGAUGCUAAGACAUCGCGGUUUAACUCUGAGAAUAAACUGAUGCGAAAAAUUUCCGCUCCCACAAAAUCUUCGCGAGGAGACGGAAAAUGGUCAAAUGAUCUUGACACGGCAAUGAAUUUGAACAGAAGACGCUCACAGCCAACGAUUGAUGAAAAUGAAGAGGUUGUUUCAGCAAUGAAACAUCGGUUGGAGCGAAAAAAACUUUAUCAAGAGAGUCGAAACCGAAGUGACAAUCUAGUAAAAUCAAAUGAUGAACUAAGCGAAAGGUAUCGAAGAAUUAAUCGCCGAUUUUCCGCUGAUGAUUUUAACAAACAUACAAGUGCAAUACAACGAGGAGCAAAGAUAUCAUCUCCCGCAUCCACAAAUGCUAACAAAAGUCCCAAGAUCGCUCGUCCCGUGAUCCGACCUCCCCGGAAAAGGAACAACCAUCCUCCAGGAUCAAACAGCAUCCAGUUCGACAGCGAGGAUGAUUCCGAAGCUCUUCCGGAUGAAAAGUCCCCUCCAGAGGAGAGGGAAGAUCAAAAUGAUGAAGAAGAGACAAAGACACAAGUUGGCAGGCGAGGGAGCGUUCCUGUGACGACUAUGACAGCCGCUAGGGGUCGUAUGAGAAGAAGAGCAUCUUCGCAUGAAACAGGGAACCCGCAUAAAAGAGCAGUCUCUGGCACCAGCAUAGAAAGCGGUUACAACACGAUGACCCCAUGUGACCACGAGGCAGGUGACAACCUGGGUCUCGAUAUAAAACUUCGUCAAGAAAGAAUAAGACAGAGCGAGAGAUACCGGGAAAUUUUGGAGAACCCCGAAAUUAUCACUUUUGGCCAAUGGAGGGUUAAACAAGAGGGAAACUAUGCUCCUGAAGAAAUGUACGGAGCCACGGAGCGAACUCGCAUCAGAUCUUCCACCGACAGCGACGCUCGUUCCCCCACUAGAGGGACGAAACCCCUCAUUGAGGAAAAUGGUUUUGGUGAUUGUGAUGUCAUAAAUGGGAAUGUUAACAACAAUGGAGCAGUCAUUACCAAGUCACAUGGUGUCAACAAUCAAGACAACAGCAGUGGUUCAGACACUGAUAGUUCCCAUGACACGUAUAAUGCUGAUGAAGAACAGAGUCUUAGUGUUUUUGACGACCUCCCUAGCUUAAACAGUACCGCUAUGAUGGCUGAUUACUCUGUAUCCUUAUGUAGCAAUGCUUCAGAUCUCCCAGCAGUGGAUGCAUCAGAACAUGAAGAGACACCGUCUCCUAUUACCCCAACACCAGCUCCAAAAGCUCCAAACAAAACUAUCAACAAGCUUUUGAAAGGAGGGUUGAACGGAAUCGUUGAUUCCCCCUUUUUCAGUCGUCCGUAUCAACAAUCAAGUCCUUUACGAGAACGAGUUGCCAGUGACGAUAUGAGCAAGUCCUCUGCUGCCUCCGGUGUUGAUUUAGCUGAGAGAAUGGAGGAAAUGUUAGUAGAGCAUAAGAUCGUGCGUGACGCGCUUGAACAGCUUUAUAAAAGUCUUGACAAAGAAGAACGCCAAAAAGAAAAGUUAGAAACAGAAAAUCGAAAACUGUGGCAGCAAAAUGUCGAUAUGACGAAAGAAGUUAUUCGGCUGACGAAACUAUUGGAUUCUAAACAAGAAUCAAAUCGCCAUGAAGCAAAACAACUAACAAAAGGUUUAACAAAAAGCAAAGAAAGUCAAACUGACCCACACUUGAUGAAAAAUACGUGGUAUAAAACUGAACUAAGGCUAUUCAACUAUAUUCAUGUCGCACACACAAGGUCCGUGGAAGGGGAAAUAAAAGAAGCAGCUGACCAUUUGAAAGAGGUUAAAGCACUGAAAGAAAAUUUCAACCAAAAAAUCGACGCAGCAGAGCAAAAACUUACCCAAUUGUUAAAAAAAGUAGAUUCGGAAGUCAAACACGGAAACAGUGACCCCACAUAACCCCUAACGCGACCUACAGUAACCUUAAUUCCUCAUAUUUAAUUAAAGCUUUAUAAUUUUACAGAAAUAUCAAAAAAUCGGUUUUAUUUCGCAAUUUUCAAUGUUGCUCUUUUUUUCGUGUUGCCAUUUCCUGUACUUUUUCCGAAUACUCAUUGGUAAAAAGCAAUGAGUUUUGCAUUGAGCAACACUGUUUCUGUGAUUUCUAUGUUCGUCGCAUAGUACGUUCUAAAAACCGUAGUAAUUUUUGAUUAUCGAAGUUUUUCUUCAAUAUGGGUACAGUUUCGUCACUGUCGCAAAACAAGGUACAUACUAUUUUGCUGUGACGUUACAACAAUACGCAAUAUAUAAAGCAACUGUCAAAGGUACUGGGUUCAAAUCUCACUGAAGUACAGUAGGAUGGACAUG